AUGGUAGUAAUCGACAAUGAGAAGGUAAACAGCAGCAUGCGUAUUGCAAUAGCAGGCUCUGGCGGCUUAGCCCAGAUUUUCGCUCAUUACAUCAACGAGACGGCUCGACCAGAUCUAGAGUCACUGGGCUACCAAGUGACUGUAGUCAACUACGAAAAUCAGGAUGAUCUUCGUUUCCAUCUUCGAGGGAUAGAUAUUGUCAUUUCAACGGUAUCUGGGACCCCUCAAAUCAACCUUAUUGACGCUGCCGCUCAUUCCCGUGUCCAACGUUUCGUCCCCGCAGAAUACCAAGACAAGCCUGAAGGGCGACCAACAAAUGACCCCUUAGAUCGUGGAAGAGCUGCAAGUAUCGAAAGGCUUCGACAUUGGGCUCAACACCGUCGUUAUCGAAUGCAAUAUACUGUGUUUUGCUGUGGAGUUUUAUAUGAACGAUUUGCCCGAGGAGGUCUAGCUUCAAUGGGUAUAAGCACUUCAACUGCACUCGGAUAUCCAGGCUCUUUCCUAAUGAAUAUUGAGACCAACGCUGCUGAAAUUGUGGAAUAUAAUAAUACAGGACAACCUGUGUCAAUUUCCAUGACGUCGGUAUAUGAUGUGGCGAGGUUCAUCGCAGCAGCACUUGAUUUAGACCAACACAUGUGGCCUACAGAGUUUAGAAUGCAGGGUGACCGGAAAACCGUGAUGGAGCUUGUGCAGUAUGCUGAGGCUGCCAAAGGACAGCCAUUCACAACAACCAUAAUCGCAGCUCCAGCACUAGCGGCAAAGAUUCAAGAAACAGCUUAUUACCAAGAUCAUGCUAGAGUCAGUCGGAUACAAGAGUUGAUAGCGACUGAGCAGAGGAGAUACGACUUUUCGCAGGUCAAUUUGAACGCUUUAGUCAACUUUCAACCAAUUUCGUUUUGGGACUGGUUACGUACCCACUGGGCACCUUGA